AUGACAGUAGGUAAUGGGAAGCGCCUGGUUGCGCUAUCCUGGGUGGUUCUAUUUGGGGUCAUGUCAUAUUUUGGGGUCAUCUCGGCAGCACAGGCAAAAUCGGUGAAGAUGUACCCACCAAAUCCCCCCAUUUCGCAGCGCGUGCAGAUGCUUUUGAGGUACGACGGCGGCGAAAAACAGGAAGAACUGGAGAUCGGGAUUGAACUGUACGGGUCGGUUGUGCCAGACACGGUAAAGAACUUCAGGGAGAUAGCGAAGGGAGUCAAGGCAAAAAUUAAGGGCACGGACCAGGUGCUGGACAUCACGUACAAGAACACUGUAUUCCACAGGGUGGUGCCGGAAAAGUACAUCUGCGGCGGCAAAGUGCUGGACUACCGGUUUUCGAUCCAUGGUCAGACAUUCAAAGAUGAGAACUUCGAUAUAAAACACGACCGGCCGGGCAGACUGGCGAUGGUUAACGACGGCCCGGACUCCAACCACUCGCAGUUCUAUAUAGUGACCUCGCUGGAGCCCCUAGAAGAAAACGACGGCAAGAACGUGGUCUUCGGGCAGGUGUACGACGGCCUUGAGGAGCUUCUUGAAAAGGUGCGGCACCUACCUCUUGACGAGCAGGGCAAGCCUACCAGCAACCUCAAGAUCGUCGGGAUUCACGUGGAUGACCUAAGCAUUCAGAACAUGGAUGAGCUGGUUGCCUUGUACAAGCAAAGCCUGGUCAAAUACCACGCGGGCGACACCUCCGUCGGGGUUCCGGAGACUGCCUUUUUGCGUAAAGGUGCCGGAGAGAAUGGUGCUGUCAUCUCCAGUUUUGAGUAUUCCAAGCAGAGAGUUGUGGUUUUCGGCCUGGUGUUUGCAUUAUUGUACAUUGCCGCGAAGAGAGGGAGAUCGUACCUAGCUUCAAAAGCCAACGUGGUGUCGGUUAGGAACGGCUAA